CUUCUUUCAGCAAAAAUGAAGAGAAGGACAGAACCUGAAUUUAGCAGCCCCCAAAAGAAGCAGAAGAAGAGGAUAGAAGACUUGGGAUUAACCCUCAGUUCUACUUCAGAUGAUGAAACUCAAUUUAGUAAUCAUACUACUCAAGAGUCUUCCAGUAGCAGCAGUGGGUCUGACAGUGAGAGUGAUGAAAAAAGACCAGUCUUCAGCAAUGAAUUCAAACAAGAUUCCCUUGUGGAGGGUACUUCAUCUCGCUACUCAAUGUAUAACAGUGUCUCCCAAAAGCUCAUGGCCAAGAUGGGCUUCCGGGAAGGAGAAGGUCUGGGAAAAUACGGCCAAGGUAGGAAGGAUAUUGUUGAGGCCUCCAGUCAGAAGGGAAGGAGAGGCUUUGGGCUGACGCUCAAAGGAUUCGAUGGGGAGCUCAAUAUUGACUGGCAGGAUGAGCCAGAGCCCAGUGCCUAUGAGGAGGUGGACUGGUGCCUCAAGUGUACCACAGAAAUCCCUGAUGCCCAGGAGCUCAAGGAGUGGAUGACUGUGGGGAAGAGGAAGAUGGUGAUUGAAGAUGAAACAGAGUUCUGUAGUGAAGAGCUUUUACGUAAUGUUCUGCAGUGCAAGAGUGUAUUUGAUGAGCUGGAUGGAGAAGAAAUGCGUCGAGCCCGAACAAGGUCAAACCCUUAUGAGAUGAUCCGUGGAGCUUUCUUCCUGAACAGGGCUGCAAUGAAGAUGGCAAAUAUGGACCAUGUCUUUGACUAUAUGUUUACAAACCCUAAGGACUUCCAUGGGAACCCCUUGAUAAAGGAGCGAGAAGCAGAGCUGCUUUACUUUGCUGAUGUGUGUGCUGGUCCUGGAGGCUUCUCUGAGUAUGUCUUGUGGAGGCGGAAGUGGCAUGCUAAAGGAUUUGGCAUGACUUUGAAAGGACCAAAUGAUUUUAAACUAGAAGACUUCUACUCUGCUUCCAGUGAGCUUUUUGAACCUUACUAUGGAGAGGGAGGGAUUGAUGGAGAUGGAGACAUCACUCGUCCAGAGAACAUUACUGCUUUCCGGAAUUUUGUUUUGGACAAUACUGAUCAGAAGGGAGUGCAUUUCUUAAUGGCUGAUGGGGGUUUCUCAGUGGAGGGUCAGGAGAAUCUGCAAGAAAUCCUAAGCAAACAGCUCUUGCUUUGCCAGUUUCUUACAGCACUGUCCAUCGUCCGGACAGGAGGACAUUUUGUCUGCAAAACCUUUGACCUGUUUACUCCAUUCAGUGUGGGACUUGUUUAUCUGCUGUAUUGCUGCUUUGAGCGAGUGUGCAUCUUUAAACCUGUGACAAGCCGCCCUGCUAACUCAGAGAGGUACGUGAUAUGCAAAGGAUUAAAGCUAGGGAUCGAUGACGUGCGGGACUAUCUCUUCACGGUGAACAUCAGGCUCAACCAGCUGCGCAACUCCGACGUGGACGUGAAUCUUGUUGUCCCCUUGAACGUGAUCAAAGGCGACCAGGAUUUCUACGAUUAUAUCGUCCGGUCCAAUGAAAACCACUGCAAAGUUCAAAUAAAGGCACUUGCCAAAAUUCGUGCCUUUGUUCAGGACACGACACUGAUUGAGCCACGGCAGGCUGAAAUCCGAAAGGAGUGCCUCCAGCUGUGGGGGAUUCCUGAUCAGGCUCGUGUUGCUCCUUCAUCUUCAGAUCCCAAGUCCAAAUUCUUUGAGCUGAUCCAGGGCAUGGACAUUGAUACUUUCAGUUACAAACCCACUCCUCUGAAUUCCACUACACUGGAGAAAAUCCGUCAAGUGUUAGAUUACCGGUGCAUGGUGUCUGGAAGCGAGCAGAAGUUCCUCUUGGGAAUGGGGAAAUCACAGAUCUACACCUGGGAUGGUCGCCAGUCAGAUCGCUGGACAAAGCUGGACUUGAAAACUGAGCUGCCACGGGAUACCCUUCUCUCUGUGGAGAUUGUUCAUGAGUUGAAGGGAGAGGGGAAAGCUCAGCGAAAAAUCAGUGCCAUCCACAUCCUUGAUGUCUUGGUGCUGAAUGGCAAUGACGUUCAAAAGCAGCAUUUCAACCAGAGGAUUCGGCUGGCAGAGAAGUUUGUCAAAGCUGUUUCAAAGCCUAGCCGGCCAGAUAUGAACCCCAUCCGAGUGAAGGAAGUGUACAGAUUGGAGGAAAUGGAGAAGAUUUUUGUAAGGUUAGAGAUGAAAGUCAUUAAGAGUUCACGAGGAAUACCCCGGCUGUCCUACACUGGCCGAGAUGACCGGCACUUUGUGCCCACGGGACUCUACAUCGUAAGGACUCUGAAUGAUCCUUGGACAAUGGCAUUCAGCAAAAGCACCAAGAUGAAAUUCUUCUUCAACAAAGCAACCAAUCAAGCAACAUAUGACCUCCCUUUUGAAGCCAUAACACCCUUUUACAUGUGCCAUUACAGCCGCCUCUUCUGGGAGUGGGGGGAAGGUGUCAAAGUGCACGACUCUCAGAAAAGGCAAGAUCCAGAGAAGCUGUCAAAGGAGGAUGUCCUGUCUUUCAUCCAAGCACAUACCCCUAAGCCUGCUCUCCUGAGGGGUGCAGGGGGAACUGAGCCCAGCUUGGACUCAUCGGGGACUGAUGAGACUGGGGAGGCUCCACAACUUCAAUCCUAGUCUUCUCCAGAGCUGACUUCCUGGAGGUGAUUGAAGCAGGCAGUGAUACACAGAAGGCACAGGACGAAGCUCUACCCUGGCAGUGUAUAUAGGAUUAUGGCCCAGGUUGCACUUGCUGCCAGAGUACCCUUGGUGACUCCUGGAGCCAAGGCCUAACAUCCUUUUGUCCUGACCAACUGCAUGCAUGAGGCCAAGGGGCUGGCAGCUUUCUUUGCUCCCUUUUUGAACAUUCAGCAAGGUUUGUGGAGCUCUGUGUGUGCCAGAACUCUCCAGGCUUGUGCUUCCUUGGCAGCAUGGGAAGGAGCAGAGAUGUCUUGGUGGCAGAGCUGGGCAGCAGCACACUGAAGCAGCUCUGUCAUUCCUGGCCUUGUCAAAGGGUGUUAAUUCAUUGGGGAAUGGAUACAAACAGGUAUUCUUGUGGUUGUCUCCAACACUUCUGCUUAUUAAGACACUUGGCUGGUCACUAGCAAUUCCCAUGUGAUGGUAUCCCGUUGGACAAAGGCCAACACAGGUGAUGAGCUCCUAGCAUAGAUUAGAUGUGCUCAGUGCCAGGGAUUUCUCAGACCUUUAGGAACUGCUGUGAGAAGGAUUUUCCCUCUCCAGGUCAAUGAUUGAACCUGAGCCAGCAGCCUGAGGUUAAUCUGUGAAUGUUUCUAUGCCUCGUGGUACUUCUGAGACCAAUGAGCUUUGAUUCUUGGUACUUGACAACACUACCCAAAUCUUUGGUGAGGAAAAUGAUGUGGGAGGGAAGACACAGGAAGGUUGGGAUGCUGGAGGCCUUUGGAGGAAAUGAUGGCAAUGGCUGACUGAGUUAAAAAAACAAAGCAAAAAGCAACAAACAAAACCCAGCAACAAACAAAACCCAGCAACAAACAAAACCCAACACCAAACAAAACCCAACACAAUAUGGUUUGAGUGAAAGAUGUUGACUUUGAACAGGCUGGUUAAUCAGAAGCCCUGUCCCAUGGCUGUGCCUACUGGAUAGUUUAACAGGCUUUACUUUUUAAAUGUCACAGUGGGCUUUGAAAGCCUCCAUGUCUCAUUUGUUCCUGAAACUGCAUCUAGGAUGAAAGCACAGAGCUGUGAAUCUCUCAACAUGGUAUUUGUGUGUCAACAGACUUCUCCAUGUACUGGGCUCAAAGUAGUCUUCUCUGGCAUAAUUUACAUUCACUUCUGGCUUCCAUGGCACUUAUGCUAGGUCUUCCACAUAGAUCAGGUGAUGACACAUGGUUGACUGCUUUUGGCCAUGCAGUAAAAUUGCCCUGUUU